CAACAGCAACAACAACAAUAGCAAAACAACAGAAACAAACAGGACUGCAUCAGCCAAUGUCUGUGACGGCUAUAAAGACCAUGACGGAGAGGACAAAAUAUCAACGAUCACAAUGAUAAUACUGCAUUGAAACAGUCAUACAUAUUAGUAGUAAUACUAGUAAGGAAAUUAUUAACUACGAUAGUGAACAGAAUGACAAUAACUGUAAUGCAUACAAUUGUAAUAACUAUAAUCAUAUUGCUGACAUCACCAUCACUGUAAUAAAACCAACAACAUAACACGUGUGGGGAAAUAUGUGGGGAAGUACGUAUGUACUGUGAGUGUGUAUAUGUACGUGUGUACAGGUAUCUCUGUGUAAGUGCAUGUCUACAUGUAUAUAAAUGUGUGUGAAUGUGUAAUUGUCACUGAGAAUGCAUGAAAGGAGUGGGACUGGCUCACACCAACCAGCAAGCUCCGCCCCACACAGCCAGGCCGAGCCCCCACCACCAGAGAGCCACCAGGCCCACAGGGGCGGGCAGAACCAAGAGCCAGUCCAGCAAGGGCCGCAGGGGGGCAAAUCUGACCAGAAACAGGGCGCUGGCAGGCCGGAAAACCACCAACCCCCAAGACGGGCGAGAAAUCACACUCCACAAGGGCAGACAGGCACUGGGAGUCACUCGCCUGCAGGCCCAGAGACACCCCUGCAACCGGAAAGGAGCCCGCCCACGCUGGGAGCGCCAGUGCCCAACGCCAUGCCCCGGGCCACCCCAUGCCCAACACCCGACACAGGACCGCCCCGCCCAGGGAUGAAGGAGGCAUCGCCUCCACCCGACGGAGGCCCGGGUGGCAGAGAUAACACCUAGCACCUGACCCUACGGAGCAAACCCCCGGGAAUCCCCAUUUAAAAAAAAAAAAAAAAAAAAUAGAAAAGAGGGAAUUAAAAUAAAUAAAUCAGUCAAUCAAUAAAAGCACACACACACACACACACACACACACAUCAUGGUCGAUCCACAGCGUUCAAAGAGACAAGGCUUUUUUUGCCUUUGCAAUCAAGAGAUCAUGAGAGUGUGAAUACCUGACAGAAAAUGACAUUGAUCCACAUUUUUGUCAAGAUUUUGGCUUUUAAAAACCGUGGUCUUCAAACCUUGGAUGAACUGAUGAACAACCUAUUUCACUUCAAUGCUAUUUUGCAAUAAAUUGCUUACUCACAUUGUUUUUUUGUCUCACUCCCAUUCUUUUUGCAUUUUGAAGCUCUACUUAGAACCUCCUUAUGAUCCAACAGUAAAAACUGGUCUUAAAAUGUUGAUCAUGAGUGUAUAUAAAAGGCUUUGUGCUAAAAGGAAUGUUUUCAUCAACUGUUUCAUAGUCAGACAUGUUUACUUUCACUAACUACUCUAGCAGUAAAAAGGUGUCAACAGUUGACAGGCAGCAGCGUGCAGUUAUACGAAGGGAGAGAAAAUGCAGCUGAGCGAUUGUCAGGUCUGACUUUUCCGUGGAGAACAAUUUGUGAUGCAAAUGUAUUACUCUUUGGAAGCCAUAUUGUUUGGAGAAGCAAAAUGCUUUACUAUUGUGACCUUAGCCAACUAGACGGAACUACUUUCUUCAUCACCAAAAAAGGACCAGAACUCUGCUUAGGUGGCGAAGUAGGGGAAAAGUCACUGCUGAUGCACUACACUUCAGAUGGGGAUGUCCCACAACUACUGUAUGUCAAAAAAUCCCAACUAUCCCUUUAAGGCCAGGGCUAUUCAACUACAAAUUCAGGUGCAGCAAUCAGGCCGUAACACAAUAUAAUAUCUUGUAAACAAAAUGUAUUUGUUGUUUCCCCUUUAGGUGAGAUUACAUCUGACAACACGUACGCAUUUUUCCUACACAACAUAGUUUGACCCUCAACUAUGCUUGUGUGCUUUGCUGCUGUCCAGAAUGCAUUUUGUUGCAUUUUGCCGGUUCAAUUUCCUUGUUUUGUUGACACGCAACGUAAAGAAAAUCCUUGAGCUGCGGCGAUGCUGACCAUUAAGGCUCUUAUUGGUCGGCUUGUAGUGCUUAUUUCUUGUCUGUAUAUGCCUUCUCAGAUCUAGUUAGUUCCAGCUGCAAUGACACUCCCCUUCUGUCUUAAUUACCAUCUUUUGGUCGCAAUGAGAAGCUAACCAGCUAAGGCUAUGUCCACAUGACCCACGGAUAUUUUCAAAAACGCACCGCAAAAUGUCUGUCCACAUAAAAACAAAAUUUUGGGGCAGUCGUAAACCUGGAAAAUCAACCACAGAUUACUUGGUUGUGCCUCUUUUCAUCAAUAUAGUAAGAUAUGAGAUGUACAAUGACAUGUACAUCAUCGUUAAAAUCAACACUCACUCACUUGGAGCCCAGGAACUAUCGUGAAUGUUUUUUUUUUUUUUUUUUUUUUUUUUAACUCGCCUGUGCGUGUUCUGUUAUGAAAUAACAUUUAAAAAUAUGAGCUAAUGUUGCACAUUACCAAUGACACAAAUCAAAAAGUUCUGUUACUGUAAAAGCAGGGGUGUCCAAAGUGCAGCCUAGUGUCAAUUUGCGGCAUGUGGCACAUCUUUUUUUCUUUAUAGAAAUACAAAAAAGGCAUUACUUAAAGACAAAAAGAUGAUUUUUAAAAUACAAAAUAUAUAUAAAUUCAGGCCUUUCAGGACAGCAACGCACAUGCAUGCAAAUUAAACACCGGUUUGUUUGCAAUAAAAUAAAUUUAUCACUCCAUGUAGGAAAAUAUGAUUUAUUUUUUACUUUUUAUAAAAUAUAUAUAAAUUCCGUUCUUUGAGUACUGCAACGUGCAUGCGUGCAAAUCAAACACAUCGGUUUGUCGUUUGCAAUAAAAUAAAAACAUUUAUCAGUCCAUGCAUGAUUCAAACCGACGGUUUUCAUCAUGCGUUUCAGGUUUGAGAAAUAAAUUGUUUUGAGUUGAUCUCAGGGGACUGCUGUUAUCAAUAUGCCACUACUCACUUCCACAACAAAGCAAGGAAUUGUGGGUUGAGUGUCGCUAGGCUACUCAAGCAGGGUGCUGAAUUCAUUGUCUAAAAAAAAAUGUUCUGAAGUGAUUUUAAGCCUGCCUUAAAUCGUUCUAACAAUAAAUUAGAACCUCAGUAGUUUUGUUAUUCAAUCCAUUUUACUAGAGAUAAUUUCCUAAAGUAACAGUACUCUCAUACUUGAGUACAGUCGCUGGCUCGUCUAUGCCCUCUGCGUGUUUCUGUGCACACUCGAUCACUUUGCGCACGAAUGCUGCGCGCUCUCGGCAAAAGGCGGCGGUGUUACGCGCACAGAGUCUGCGCAGUCGCGUUCUUUUCGACACGCCGAAUCCUUUGGAGCGCAGCGGAGGAAGGAGGGCCGAGCAAGUCGCCAUUUUGCGGAAGAUGGGCCCAAAAAGAAAACAAAGUGUGGAACAAAAACGCUUGGCCAGCCGAGUGAGGAUGCGUGCGUACAGAGCUCGACAAGCCUUCAAGCGUGCUGCUGCUGCCAACCAUUUGUUUUUGCAGAGACUAAACUUUGCUGCUAGUGAGCAGGAAGAUCUGGUGGGAGGCGACAGCGACUGGAUGCCAAGCCGUGCAGACUACGAGGUGGACACCAGCGUGCCAGCCAUGUCGACCUCGUGGAACGAGGAAGAUGAUGACUUCAAGGUGGGAGGAGCCAGAGGGCUGAGGUCCAAGCCGAGGUUCUCCUUCUCGGAGGUCAAACUCCUGCUGGAGGCGGUCAGAGAGAACCGAUACAUCCUUCUCAGGAAGUUUAAUCAUGGCGUGUCAUCAGAAGCCAAGAAACAGAAGUGGGCAGAGAUCACAGACCAGAUCAACAAUCUGGGGCAGAACUACAGAGAGGUGCGUCAGAUCAUGAAGAAAUGGGCAGACCUUAAGUGCGAUGGCAAGCGACGCCUCCUGGCCCUCCACGCCCCCAACGGCUCCGCCGAGAGGAGACGAAGGAAGUCGUCGUUGGGCCCCGUGGAGAAGAUGGUCCAUGAGAUCCUGCUCUUGAGUCCCAAAAGAGAAGGCAACAGUGACGUGAACUUGGGAGGUGAAGAUGAAGAUUCAAAGUUAUCCAUGGAGCAAGGAGGCAACAUGAGCCCUUCCUACCCCUACCCUGCGCCCAAUAGCACCCUCGCCCUUCCUGGAGGACUUUCCUUGGACUUCUCUCCUCUGUCCUCGCCGGAGAAGGAACACAGCGGCGACCCGUUCCAUUCAUCAUCCGACUUUGACCAGCAGGAGGAUGCUGAACCUUCCAUGGACUUUGACGACAAUGACAACUCCACCUCCACCUUUUCCUACCGGUCCUCCUUCCUCCCGCCCACUGACAACGCGCAGGCGAGUAGCAAGCCGAUACAGACCUACUCCAGAAACCAGAACUACAACGCGACCACCUCAAAAGCGCACGGACCCCCCCUUUUUGAGUCGGACGCUGCCUCGUCUCCUGCUGCGCCUCUGCCAUCGUACUCUCCCUCAGGCGCCAACAUCCGUGCGUGCACCUCCUCUUCGUCUUCCCCACUGGCCCCGCCCACCACCUCCUUAGCAGCCAAUGGCUCCUCUCAGCCUAUAUCCUCCUAUUCCAGCAUCCCGCCACCUUCUAAUCAUCUCGCUUCCUCUCACAUCAAGCACGCUCAGGCCUCAGACCAGACCCAGCCGGACCACCUCCCGUCAGGUCACAAGGCCCAGUCCCGUGUGGCCCAGCUGGCGUGUCUUAGCGUGCAGCAGCAGCGGGCAACCCGGCAUCUGCUCUCCUCCGUGUCUCGCUCGCUGGAGACGUUGGCCCAGUCGGUGCAGCUGUUGGUGGAGAGCCAGCAGGAGUUUGUCCAGGAGUCGCUGCUCCUGCAGAGGGAGACCGUAGACAUCCUGAAGGACUUCUCCAACACAGCGCUGACCAUGAUGCGUGACAAGUCCAACAGUGGACAGGCUCGCCAUCCGUCAGCUUCGAACAUCUGAGGAAGUGAGAUGGUUCUGUGGCCGGGGUCCAUUAUGGUCCCCUCCUGUCACGUGUCUGUUGUGGUGGCGGCGGCAGCCACACAACAAAGAUGGACAUCAGCAUUUCCCCCGCAAAGACAACCACCCUGGAUCUUGGUUUUCCAUUAUGAGCAUUGAACUAUGGAGGGACCAUUGUGACCCGACUGUCGGGGGGGGCUGAGCACCACGCAAAGCCGAGACACACAUUGCAGGCGGCCAUCUUACCUCGUUGUGAGCAACUGUGAUGUUGACUCUUGGACUCAUUGUCUUCCUCACGAAGUCUACAGACGGAGAAGGAAGCACUAUAUCAUCAGAACUGCCAACAUUUUAGUGUCACAUUUUACACUAGUCAAAGAUCCUCUAUGUGACAGGAGCACUCUGCUGUUUUUAAGGACCUACUUCAAAAACGCUAGUCAAAGAUCCUGUAUGUGACAGGAAUGUUCCGAUGUUUUUAAGAAUGUUCUGCAAAAAAAAAAAAAAAAAACACUAGUCGUCAAAGAUCCUCUCUAGGACAAGAAUGCUCUGUUGUUUUUAGGAAUCUGCUGCAAAAAUGUUAGCAAGUAAAUUUUUAACUGCCCUAGGGGGUUGGUCUGAUGUCCUUCAUGCAGGCCGCCCAUUGAAUAGCCCUUCUUGAGUACAUGAACGUAAGCUCUGGAUCCCGUUUCUCUCGCCUUUGGCUUUUCACAAUGUCUUGAUUGUUAGAGAGUAUAUCAUUUCACCCCCUGAUCUCUAUGGAAAUAUCAACAGUGCAGAAAAUGCAGCAUACCAGAUAAUCAUCUUUGAUUUCCGAACACAUGGCCAUUCAGCAUGAUAGUCACCCUUGUACUUGUAAUAUUUCUUCUUGGAAGCCAUUUCCAUGCAGGCACAUACAAGUAUAAUUCAUGUUAGUGCACCUGCUGAUGUUGUCGAGUUAGCUAGUGGCACUCUGUGCACUCAUAGGCGGCAUACAGAGCUGCCCGCCGGGAAUGCGGCUUUUUAUUUUUGGUUGUUUUUAAUCCUGCAUCAAUCCUGAGUUUACACUAUUUAUUUAUUCCUUUCACAAUUUGAUUGACAAACUUAAUAUCUUAUAUCCACACGAUCCAGGAGAUUUUUAACUUCAGUCGUGAUGUCGGGACACAGUGGCAAUUUCCCAAAGUCUCUCUCCCUCCUCACCGGUUUCCUCGUCACCAAUCAGAUGUUUUGGAGGGAGAUUUGAUUUUUUUUUUUUAGGUUAACUGACAUAUUUUCCAUGUUUCCUUUUUCUGCCUUUAGCUUGUUGGUAAAGGAUUUUGGACUGUCCAAUUACUCAACAUUUUCCACAUACAAUCUGCCGACAUGCCUCUGCCAGGCACCUGUGCUCAACACAUUUGCGGGAAAGCUUGGGGUGACCCUGGUACUGGAUGCCCUUGGGUUUUUCCCCAGAACCAGCAUUGAUGGGAAAUCCAUCAAAUCCUUUGUUGAAAGCCUAAGCGUCUGUUAGAUUAGCUUUCUGGAAAAGCAUAAUUUGGACAUCCCUAAGAGUUGAAGCAGGCAGAAACAAAUACCGCAGCAAGCAUACAAUCAACACCCAAUGGAGGCGAACACCAUCUUAGCCAAAAGACACAGACUGGCGCUGACCAUGCUCUUCGCCAUCCAUCAGCCUUGCGCAUCUGAGGCAGUGAGACAGUUCUGUGACUGGAGUCCAUUAUUGUCCCCUCUUGUCACAUGGCUGUUGGGCUGUGCAUGGACCUUUGGUCUACUGCUGGACUCAAAAUAGUUCAUUAUGAGCAUUGAAUUAUGGAGGGACCAUUUAUACCUGACUGUCUGGGGGCUUACCUCGCUGUGAGAGUUGACUCUAGGGAGUAUUUUCUUAUAUCGAUUUAAUUUGAAGCUUGUUUCGAGUGAUCGGGCAGACCCCAGACCGACCAAAUCAAUAUGAACCAUACACAAAUUGUGGUUUGGUCCGCAAAAAUGUCGUUCACUGUUUUCCAAAGUCAAAGCUGAUGUGUGUGAAUAUCUCGUUUCGGAAUUCUAAAAAUAUUUACAUUUGAGAGGCUGAGGAUAUUUACAUUUUUAAAUAAAAAAACGAUUAAUUGAAUAACAAUUGUUAAUUGGACAAUGGAUUCAUUGAUUAAUUGCUGCAGCUUUAGUUGACUCUUUGAAUCAAUGUCUUCCUCACACAAUCUGCAAACAAUGAAAGAACUCUGAUAUUAUACCCCCAGUAGUCCACCUACAGAGGUAGGACGGCUCCUGUGUGAAAGGGUAGUCCGCAAUAGCCAGCAUACGAUGAGUUAACACCUGACGCAGUUAUGUUGAAACCAGUUUUUAUAUGUCAGACCGCUUCCUUCAUGGGAUUUAAAAGAAAUGACAGAUUUGUCUAACAGGAGAAGCCGGUGCAGACAUCGUGACACAUCUAAUUAUACGAUUGCAGAAUGCCGCGUCGCUGUGUGAAAGGCACAGGCGAAUACAUGCCAGAUCUACUGUUACGGCUCUGAUGCGCUAAUUAUGUGGGAUUUCCGUGUGGAAGUGCUCGUUCGCAAGAAGGUUGUGUGUGUGUGUGUGUGUGUGUGUAUAUCAGGAGACAAACACACGUUCCAGUUAACCAAUGAUGUUCAGUCAGUUAGUAUGAUACAAUAAUAUCUAAUUGAUUGUGAUGCUUAUAGCAAAGCUAGCAGUGCUCAUGUUGGUUUGGAAGCUCAUUCCAGCACUGUCCUGUUGAUUAUGCUGUAAAAGUCCAAAUACUUUGUUCUGUUAGGCAGUCCACUUUGAUUGCCUUCUGUUUGCUCCUUUACAAUAAAAGUCAGUGGAAACGCCUGCAUAAUA